UACCAGCUGAAAUUGGAAUAUGGAGAACACAGCAGGAAGCAAAAAGUUUCUGCCUAAUCCAAUCCUGCUGCAAGAUGAGGAAUUACACAAGUAUAUACUAGAAAUUAGUGUGUACCCUCGAGAACCAGAGCCACUCAAGGAGCUGAGGGAAGCCACUGCUAAGCUCCCCAAUGCUUUCUUUGGGACGGCACCUGAUGCAGGUCAGCUAAUGGCCAUGCUCUUGAAACUUGUGAAUGCAAAGAAGACGAUUGAAGUUGGAGUUUUUACUGGAUACUCUCUCCUCCUUACGGCUCUCACUAUCCCUGACGACGGCAAGAUUACGGCCAUAGAUAGAGAUCGUAAAACAUACGAAAUAGGUCUCCCAAUCAUACAAAAAGCCGGAGUUGAGCACAAAAUUGACUACAUUGAAUCGGCGGCGCUGCCUGUCCUUGACAAUCUCUUGGGAGAACCAAAGAAUGAGGGUGAUUUCGAUUUUGCCUUUGUCGAUGCUGACAAAGAUAACUAUUGGAAUUAUCAUGAGAGGUUGAUGAAACUGGUGAAGAUUGGUGGGAUUGUUAUGUAUGAUAACACACUGUGGGGAGGGGCAGUGGCUAAGCCUGAAGAAGCUGUUCCCGAGUCCAAAAGGCGGUUGAUGCGAGCAACAAUUGAGUUUAACAGGUCAGUUUCGGCUGACCCUCGAGUCGAGAUCGCUCAUGCUUCUGUAGGAGAUGGAAUCACCAUAUGCAGACGCAUUUGCUAUGAGUGAAUAAGUGG